AUGGAUUCUACUAGAGAAAAACAGGUACAGGCUCAACGAAUAUUGAAACGAAAAAGUACCGAGAGAGAAAUAGAUUUACCACCUAAACCCAUUUCUGAGUAUUAUCAUAUGAGACUAGCUCAAGGAAAGACCUCUCCAAAAUUUAAAGCGCAUGAAAAUAGAUAUGUCGUUCAUUUCGAUGAAUUUCCAGAAGAAGAAGAAAACACAGCUUUCCUUCGGCGAUUAUUCACAAACAUGUUACAAGACUUCAAAUCUGAAAUGCAGUGUGAUCCUAACGAUUACCUCCGUCUGAACCUUCAUCACCAUUCUCUGGAAUCAGACAUUUCGUACGAGUUUAUGCAAUGUAAAGAUUUAAACGAAGACGUCAUUUUAAAAAAAAUACAAGACGUGCAACAAUCCAAAAAGGAGUUCAAACUGAGCGACGGCUCCACGGAAUUCGAUCUGUUACACAUCGAGAAUCCCCAGGGGAGUGGUGGAAACAGAACCAAACAUCUACAAAAACCGGAACAUCCAGACCCGGAAUGGGAAAAACGAUGGAAACGCAUGAGGUCAGGAGAUAAGAAAUCCUUGGAUCAGAGGAACGAAGCCAUAGCCCUCAUGGAACAGGCCGGAUGUGAUAUUACUCAAGCUUGUGGAAAUGCAGAGUGGCCAAAAUUACAACAGGUAUUAGCUCCUCAGUAUCGUCUGAAAAUAUUUCAAUUCAAAUCUACUUCCACUAAACUCUGUUUAGAGCGCAUCUUCAAAGGCUGGGGAGAUGGAACUUGUUUGAACAUUUUGUUAGACAACCGUCAUUGCGAUGCCAUCAUAUCCAUGCCGGGAGUGACGGGGAACCAAUAUUACUGUGAUCAUUGCGACGUGGGGUACAGGAAUGUCACAGACCAUCGGUCCAAAUGCCCUCAUCGCUGUACCUUUUGUUUAGGACAUCACCCUAAUUGUCCCGAUGAAGGGAUCGAGAUUAAAUGCCAGGAAUGCCAAGGAAUGUUUAAGAACAGGACCUGCUACGAAAAUCAUUUAAGACCUCAUAGUAAGAAGACCACCACUACUGUCUGCAAUUUAAUGGGGCUAUGCGAGAAGUGUCAGUCCUGGAUACCUAAGAAAUUAUUACCUCAUCACAAAUGCGGAGAUCAGAAACAGUGUAAGAUCUGUAAGAAAAUCGUCGAUGCCGAUCAUCGGUGCUACGUACAACUGAAGCCCAAGAAGAAGAAGAAGAAGGGAGAAGACACCUUAGAGUUUUACAUUUAUUUCGAUUUCGAAUGCACUCAGGAAUCGGGCAUUCACGUCCCUAAUCUGUGUACUAAGAAUUCCACUUUAGUACACGACGAGGCCAUCGUCAUCGCCCAUAACUUCAAAGGCUACGACGGACAAUUCAUUUUGAAUCACCUGGUGCAUUCCUCUUGCCUGAAACCUAACGUGAUCAUGAACGGCAGUAAGAUCUUGUACUUUGAAAUAUCUGGACUCAAAUUCAUCGACUCGUAUAGUUUCUUAACGUUUCCUUUGGCCAAGAUGCCCUCCGCUUUCGGAUUGAACGAAUUGAAGAAAGGUUAUUUCCCUCACUUUUUUAAUACGGAACAGAACCAGAAUUACGUGGGACCUUAUCCACCGGCAGCUUUCUACAAACCGGACGAAAUGUCUACCAGUGGACGAAAAGCUUUUUUCCAAUGGUACGACCAACAGAGGGGAAAAGUGUUUGAUUUCCAGAAAGAGUUUGUAGGGUAUUGUAUCUCGGACGUCGACAUUUUACGCCAAUGCUGUGCACAGUUUAGAAGCACCCUCAAGAAGUUGGUCAACGUGGACCCUUUCCAGGAAUCCAUCACGUUUGCCAGUGCUGCUAAUUUAGCCUACCGUCGAAAUUUCAUGCCUAAAGACACCAUUGCCAUCAUUCCCAACCUCGGGUAUGAACCGGCACGACGAUAUUCGGCCAAAGCCUGUCGGUGGCUCACCUGGAUGAGUCAUCAGAGUGGAUGUCACAUACGACAUGCCAGAAACGGAGGCGAAGUCCCGAUCGGAAAUUAUACCGUCGACGGAUACCAGGAAGCGACUCGUACCGUCUACGAAUUUUACGGGUGUUAUUGGCACGGAUGCCCCACUUGCUAUCCCAGUUUACAGACGGAAACUCAUCCUCACCGGACCCAAUUUACUUACCAACAAUUACACGAGAAAACCCUCAGAAGGACUGCGGAUUUAGAGGACAUGGGGUACAACGUGUGUAGUAUCUGGGAGCACGAUUUCGAUCAACAAGUGCAACAAGAUGAGAGUUUACAGCAAUUUGUACGAGAUCUGGACAUUCCCGAUCCUUUGAAACCUCGAGAAGGGCUGUACGGAGGCCGGACCAAUGCCACUAAAUUAUAUUGUGAAGAAGGGGACAUGAGAUACGUGGACGUCUGUUCCUUAUACCCUUACGUGUUGAAACACAGACCCUUUCCCCUAGGGCAUCCCGAGAUCAUCACAGACGACUUCCAGGACGUGAGAAGUUAUUUCGGUCUCAUUCACUGUCGGGUCUUACCACCCCGAGGCCUCUUUCACCCCGUAUUACCUUAUCGGACGGGAGGUAAGUUAUUAUUUCCCUUAUGUCGCACGUGUGCCCAACAACAAGACUCUACUUCUCAACAUCCAUGUCAACACACCGAUCGGGAACGUAGUCUCACGGGUACUUGGGUGACGAGCGAAUUACAUAAAGCCCUAGACAUGGGCUAUACCUUAGAGCGAAUUUACGAAGUGUGGCAUUUUAAAGAAAGCAGUCAAGACUUAUUUAAAGACUACAUCAAUACCUUCCUCAAAAUCAAACAGGAAGCGUCCGGAUUUCCCCCCGACUGUAAGACCUCAGAACAAGAACAAGAUUACAUUCGACAAAUCUUCGACAAAGAAGGAUUCAUGAUGGAUAGGAUCAGUAUCGAGAAGAAUCCAGUGAGAAGAACCAUUGCUAAACUCUUUUUAAAUUGUCUGUGGGGAAAAUUUGCUCAACGAUUGUUAUUACCCAAAGUCAGAUACUUGGACGAAACAGAGGAAUUACACCAACUCUUACAAAAUUCGACUCUCGACAUCAAGGGCAUGCGACUCUUAGUCAAUAAAGAAGAUUCCAAUGAAGACAAGAUUCUAGUGAAUUUUCAAGACAAAGAGGAAUUCGUCGAAGAAUGUCCCUUUGGAAACGUGAUCCUGGCUUGUUUUACCACCGCCUAUGCCCGCUUACACCUCUACGAGACUUUACAACCUUUAGAAGAACGGGGCCUUUAUUUCGAUACGGACAGUAUCAUUUACCAACAUAGGGAAGGAGCUUUUAAUCCUACCUUGGGUCAUAGUUUAGGAGAAUGGACCGACGAAUUAGACGGGGAUCACAUCACCAAAUUCAUGUCGGCAGGUCCUAAAAAUUAUGCUUACCGGACGGGCAAAGGAACCGAGACCCUUAAAUGCAAAGGGAUCACUCUCAACCAUCGAACCUCUCAGUUGGUGUGCCCAGACACUUUAGAAAAAAUGCUCAAGGGAGAAAUAGAGGAAGUAAAAGUCCCUUAUCCCAAAAUCCAGAGGACCCGUGAUCAUGAACUCGUGAACAAACCUUCAGAGAAAACGUAUAGAAUUGUAUAUGACAAGAGACAAAUUGUAGAGAAUUAUAACACUUUACCUUAUGGUUAUUGA